GCGCCCUGCGCUGCGUGCCGCGCGCCCGCCCCGUCGCCAUGGCCGGGCUCGUGGUCAGUGGAACUCAAGUGUCCUACAUAGGCCAGGACUGCAGAGAAAUUCCAGAGCACCUCGGCAGGGACUGUGGACAUUUCGCAAAGAGGCUCGAUCUGAGCUUUAACCUUCUGAGGUCACUGGAAGGACUGAGCGCGUUCGGGAGCCUGGAGGAACUCAUCUUGGACAACAAUCUGCUCGGGGACGACCUCGUGUUGCCAGGGUUACCCAGGCUCCAUACCUUAACCCUCAACAAGAACCAAAUCACGGACUUGGAGCAUCUGCUCGAUCACCUGGCAGAAGUGACACCAGCUCUGGAGUACCUCAGCCUGUUGGGUAAUGUGGCAUGUCCCAAUGAGCUGGUCAGCUUGGAAAAGGAUGAGGAAGACUACAAGAGGUACAGAUGCUUUGUUCUGCACAAGCUGCCCAAUUUGAAGUUUCUGGAUGCCCGGAAAGUAACCAGACAAGAACGAGAGGAAGCUUUGGUCAGAGGGGCGUUCAUGAAGGUGGUGAAGCCCAAGGCUUCCAGUGACAGCGUUGCUGCCUCUCCAGAGUGCCACUACACACCCCUGCCUUCUGCUUCCAGGGAACUCACCAGUCACCGAGGUGUCCUGGGGAAGUGUCGCUAUGUUUACUAUGGGAAAAACUCAGAGGGCAACAGGUUUAUCCGAGAUGACCAGCUCUGAAGGCAAGUUCUGUAUGCCUUAACCCGUGUCAUGAGAAUAAAAGAAAAAGGGAAAGCAAAAAUAAAGAAAAAGCUGAAGGAAAAAACAAUGGCCCACAUUGCAUCUCUGUGGGAAGGCUAUGACUUCAGCUUUUGGUACCUUCUGCUGACUUUGCCAGCCCUGUCAAGAUCAUCCUCCUGCCUUAGACUGAGUGGUCACAUAGAGAUUGACAUGAUUGCCCUUAAGCAGGUCUCAUCCACCAGGGUGACAGACAGCGGCAGCGAAGCACCAGGGCUGACAGGAUGAACACCAUGAUAGAUUGCCUGGCCCCUCCACUGCUCACAGGGGAGCAGAGGUCACACCUGGGGCCUCCCUGAGCAUGCUCAGUGGCUGUAGUCAAGUGAGAAAGAUUGUGUCUUCAGCUUGCCUAUUGAGUGGAGAUCCCUCUGAUACUAUUGUGCUGUGGGUUUAUUUUUAGUGAAAUAGUCACAGUUUGGAGGAAGGUCACUCUCCCUCAUUCCUCUUAAAUCUUAAUCUCUUAUAUUCUGCGUGCUCUUUCCCAUCCCCCACCUCCCCCCACCACCAUCCUUUAGCAUCUUUA